AUGAGCAAAGGAAUGAUAUUCACGCGUAUUACUGACACUAAUACACUUAAAAAUAUUAAUAUAACUGAUACUAUCGUAGCCAAUCAUCGCCAAAUAAAACUUGCAAUUUUAUUACCUUGUCAACUAUUAUCAGUCAUAUGCUCUCUAUUGGUAUUUGUUAAUAUCAUAUGUCGACCAUCAAAAUUAAUAAAACCAAUCGGAAAUCAUUUUAUUCUUCCAUUGUUAAUAACAAGUUUUAUUCAAGUAACAACUGAAUUAUCAAUGGUAGAAAACUAUUUACAUACUGGUAUUGUACGACCAUCAACAUAUGCUUAUUGUUUAUUUUUUAAUUGGUAUGAGUUUUCAUUAAAUGGUAUUAGUUUAUUUAUUAUGCUUUGGGCAUCUAUUGAACGUCAUAUUAUUAUUCUUUCUCGAUCUGUCUUUCAAAUUCGAUGGAAACGUAUUGUUUUUCAUUAUCUACCACUUUGUAUAGCAAUAUUGUAUCCUCCAAUAUGUUAUGCUUAUUUUAUUUUUAUAUAUAGUUGUGUUAAUAAUUGGAAUUAUUAUGAGUUAUUAUGUACAGCACCAUGUUUUUAUCAAAAUAAGAUGCUAGGUAUUACAGAUUGGUUAUUUAAUAUAAUCAUACCAGCAUUUUCGAUUGCUGUAGCAAAUGUAUUACUAAUUAUUCGAGUAAUAUGUCGUUCAACCUUAGUAAGAUAUAAUGCUGAGCGAACGAAAAAGAAUAGAAAAAUGACGAUACAAUUACUUGCAAUUUCAUCACUCUUUCUUAUAUUUUGGUUACCGAUUGCGGUUACUGGUUUAAUUCAACAAUUUUUCUAUCCAACAUUUCUUAUUUAUAUUCAAUUUAAUAUCUUUUUUUAUUUAAUUUAUUUUGUUCAACUUUUUUUGCCUAUUGCUUGUUUAGUUUUUUUACCGGAAUUGAAAAAAACUGUAACUGUGAAAAUUUGUCGAUGGAGACGAAGAACUGCAAUAGGCGAUAUAACAGUUAUACAAAAGGCUUCUACUGUUCGAGCAUUACGCAAUUGA